UUCUAAUUUCUAAGUAGGUACUGUAGGUGUUCUGUACUUGUAAAUGCCGGCUUGAUGCUGGUCUUUUUCUCAGUUAUUAUUGGUAAUGUUUUCAUUGUAUAGUGUUAACGUGUCAAAGUGGUGUAGAUUUAAUCAAUCUAGUAGUUAGAUAUCAAGUAUUUAGAUAGUAUUAUUUAAAAUGUUUUCUGAAAACUGAUGUGAAACUUAAUUGAAAUGGUGUACGAAUCAAUAUGGCUCUUAAGCUUGGAAAAUGCAGGCUUUGCCUCAAACUUGGGGAUUUCUACUCAAUCUUUGCCGUCGAUAAUAAUUUGCAACUCGCCGAAAUGGUCAUGGAAUGUGCACGGGUUAAAAUACAAGAAGGGGAUGGUCUUACAGAUAAAAUAUGUGGAGAGUGCGUACAAAAAUUGAGUAGUGCGCAUAUAUUUAAGCAACAAUGUGAAAGAUCGGACCAAGAAUUACGAAGAAAUUAUGUUCCACCGCCAGGUUUUAUUUCAUCAACACCACCGCCAAUUAACAGGCAGAGCAGUGACUCAGCUUUCUCUAAUCACACGGAUACUUCUAAACUAUCUUCUACCGGCGAAAGUAAAGUUAAGCCGAUCAGUAGAAUUCGUAAAAGAAGUAGGGAUAGCAUCGAUAAUGCAUCCAGUAGCAGUAUCUCCCAUGAAUACCAACCUGUUAGUUCUAAGAGAGUUGAAGAACUACGAAAGUCUAAAAAAAUUAGAAAAAUUCAGGACAAUGAUGACUCUGAUUUCGAAGAUAACACUACCUCUUUCUUCUUUGGUGGAACAGAUUCUGAUGAACCUCUUGAGUUUAAGUGUGACAUCUGUUCUAAAUCGUUUAAAGCCUAUCUAAGCAUGAUUUCUCAUAAAAAAUGUCACAGUCGUAGGGAUAGGCAAUCGGCUAUGGCGGCAUCCUCGACUACGGCUGUGACUCCAACUCCUGAAAUUGUAACUCAGAUAGCUGAUGUCAAGGAUGAAGACAAAUCUAAGUGUGAGACCUGCGGAAAAACAUUUAAAUUAAAAAUUAUGUUAAAGCGGCACUAUGAAGUUUGUGGUAAACUUAUUGAUAAAGAACUUAAAGUAUCGUUAGAACCAAUAGACGCGGUUCCCAAUGAAAAUAAACUUAAUUGCGAAACGUGUUUAGCUCCGUUUAAAACUAUAGACAAUUUAAGAAAACACAUGAGAGUUGUGCAUGCCGCAGUUCUUAAAAUGGAAGAACCUCUGUCAGUGGAGAAUAACAAAAUAUCCGUACCAUGCUUCUAUUGUCAAAAACCAUUUGAAGACUUUUAUACCCAUUCUGCUCAUUUUAAAGUUUGUCCAAACAGAGAUGAUACUCUUACUUUUGUCUGUACGGUAUGUAAUAAAUCACUUGUGAAAAAGGCAAGCUACUUUAACCAUUUGAAGGUUCAUUUUUAUCCAUUGGCUAAGGUAAAGCCAAACAAAUCCCCAAUUCCAAAAGCAUACACGUGCCGCUUUUGCAAAAAAAAAUUGCCAAAUCAGGAAUCCCUGAUAAAACACCUUGCUGCGCACAUGUCUAAUGUUGAAGAACCCGAUGAUGGUGGCGAUGAAGAAUCUAGGAGUACCUUGGAGGAUUCUGCUUCUUUACACUCAGAGUAUAAUAACUCUUCAAUAAUGUCUGGUCCAUUCAAAUGUACGACGUGCGAUAAAGGCUUCAAGUAUAAAAAGGCUUUAGACACACACCAGAUAGUAAAACACUCAAAUGUAAGUGUUAAAGUUGAACCCCCAGAUAUAUCCUCAGAUCUGCUGAGUGAAACAUUGAACGAUCAUAAUGUUAAUCAAUCCGAUUCUGAGUCCAGCAAUGGUGAAGGCGAUGACAACACGUGUGACAUCUGUGAGAAACAGUUCUCCUACAAGCGCUUACUCAUUAAUCACAAGCGAACGAAACACAACAUGAGCUCGGGAACAAAGAGAGCAAAGGUCAGCCUAAAGCAAUGUCUAGUGCGCUGUUUAAUAUGUGACAUUGAGAUGAAAGUUGAAGCUAUAAAUGACCAUAACAUGAAGCACAUAUCCACAAACGUAAAACCUCGCAAUCUUUACACUUGCGUGGAUUGCCCGGACCAGCAGUUUAAAAGCUGCAGUGCCCUAGCUAAUCACAUCAAAAUGGUGCAUAGAUUGAAUCAACCGGCAACUAAACCGCAAACGAACAUUCCUGUAGAUCCUCCGGAUAUGGCGGAUUUUUGUGAAGUCGUUGUGACAAAGGCGGAACCCCUGGACAGUGUCGGGAGUCACAACGACUUUGGGGAAGGCUCCGCCUAUGCGACUGUUGAUGGAUUUACUUGUCCCACCUGCAGCAAAGUUAUGCCGACACUCAUCUCCCUAAAGAGACAUAUGAACUGGCACACAAACGUCGGAAAUAAUAUUGAAAAGAAGUUGGAGUGUUUUGUAUGCCAAGAGACAUUUAGAUUCCAGUGCCAUUACAAAAUUCAUAUGAAAGAACAUUAUAACGACCCAAACCUUGAUCCUAAACACUUGACUUGCCCCAUCUGUAAUAGGAAAAGCAAGCAUCUCCGUGCUGCGCAAAUGCAUAUGAAUUACCAUAAACAGACUCGAUUUAAGACCAAAGACUAUGAGUGUUCCAUUUGUAAGAAAGUCUUUCAAACUAGAAGAGUCUACCUGACUCAUAUGGCUAUCCAUUUCAAACGAGGGGAAUCGGCAAACAACACAGUAAUCGGAUCUGUAUUACCCACCACUGCUGAUAAGACUGCCUUCGAUGGAACUCAUACUUGCAAAAUAUGCAAUAAAGUAUGCGAAUCUGAAGCCUCGCUUAAAUGCCACAUGAGCUGGCAUAAUUCUAAAACUUUACUGUAUGGAGCACGUCACGAGUGCGAUAUAUGUCACUUACAAUUCACCAACAAAGUUCGGCUCAAAGUCCAUGAGCGAUCUCACUUCGAAGACGAAAAUGGUCCCUAUAAGUGUCAUAUUUGCGGAAAAGGUUUUAUUGCGGAAGAUUAUUUCCGAAGACAUAUUAAAGGACAUAAUUUCGACCAUCAGUCACACAAAAAACGAAUCGAAAAGCUCAGAAAGGGUAAAGUGAAGUGCCCAAUCUGCACUAGGUUCUAUCCGGAUGUGGUCAAACUGAUACGUCACUUGCGCCGAACUCAUCCCCAGAGCAAAAUGAUCAAAGAAGAUCCGGACGCUCCGCCUCAAAUGUACUACCCGUGCAAAUUAUGCGCCAAAGUGUUCCUUGACGAGCGCAGAUUGCAACACCACGAAGAGGCGCAUUUGCGUAAGCCCGAAUUUUUCAAGUGUAAAUUCUGCGGAAAGAAGACCAUUUCUCUGAAAAGCCAUAGAAUCCAUAUUAAAGGACAUUUGACUCAGAAAUACAUAGACGAGCCACUGAAGUGUCAGCAUUGUGAUAAAACGUUCUCUCGCGGUUACGAUCUUCAUUAUCACUUACGUGACUCACAUAACAUCGAAGAAACCUGGAUCGCUGAGAGAAAUAGUCAAAACCUUAAUGGACCUCUUAAAGAACUACAAUGCUCCAUCUGUUUUAAAGUUCUUGCCAGUAAAGGAAACUAUGAAAGACACAUCGACUACCAUAAUUCCCUUCGAUGCAACUACUGCUUCGAUUACUUUAGCACUCUAAGGUUUUUGGAGGGACACUUAGCGUUCAGCUGCGAGAAGAAAAAGCUAAUCGGCGAUACCGAGAUUUACCCAAGAAAGGUUAAAUGUGAAAUUUGUUAUAAGGCAUUCCAUUUACAAGUAAAGUUGGAUUGCCAUUUGCGAACUCAACAUGGAGUAAAAUCUUUCAAGGAGGCAACUGAAAGUAAGAAGGACCUCGUGUGUGACUAUUGCUUUAGAGUUUUCGAGAAUGAGUAUGCAUUGACCAACCAUAAACUUUACCAUAGAACUAUUGGGUAUUUUGGAUGCUUAUACUGUAACAGGAAGUUUAACACCUUGACGGUUUACAGAAAACAUAAAAAUCACCACUUCGCACAACUUAACGUAGAGAACCCUACAAAGUGCGAGCACUGCGAUAAAACAUUUGUAGCUUUCAGAGAGUUCAUAUACCACAUGCGGGACGACCACGGCGAUGAUAAGGAGUGGGUCGUAUACCCAAAGGAGUCAAUCGAAGAAAAGUGCAACAUUUGCAACAAAAUGUUUUUUAACUUGCAUCGGCAUCUUUCUUAUCACGAGGAAAAUAGAUGUAAAAAAUGCGGGGAGUACUUUUACUCGCGAACCGAUUUUGAUAAUCACAUUUGUCAUAUCGAUAGUGAAGAUGAGGUCGACGGCAACGUUGAGAAUGAUAUUCGACCAAAAUAUGAGGAAUGCAAAUUUUGUUUUAAACCGAUAACUCAGAAAACUAAAAAGAAACAUGAUCAAUUACAUAAAGGAUCCGGUUCAAUAUCGUGUAGGUUCUGUAUUCUUAAGUUCAAAACCAUUGACGCUUUCAACAUUCACGCGUUUUCUCAUCGAAGUCGAAAGUAUAAGAAACAUCCUAUACGAUGUCGUAUUUGUAAAGAGCAAUUUGUUCAAUAUGGUCCUUUCAUGCGCCACAUGAAGUCUGUACACAAAUCUACUAAGAAGAUGCAUUAUAGAACUACAGUUAAGCCUGAAAAAUGUGAAGUAUGUGGCGAUAAUUUCCCGAAUCUACACAACCACUAUCGAGCUCAUUUGUUAAAUCAGUGUCAGCUAUGUAGCAAAUACUUCACUUCUAGUAAAGUGUUUUCACAACACACGUGCGAUAAAGAAGAUAGUGAUCCUACGAAAGUGUUUAUAAGCGAUGCCAAUCUUCCGUUACUUAUUAAUACCUAUAUUCCAUUGGAUGAAAAAGAUGACGAAAAGUACUAUGGAUAUGGUGAAGACGAAGAUGAAGCAGAUGAUGACAACGAAUUGCCUCAAAAUGAAGACAGUCAAAACUCAAUAGAUACGGCUGAAAGCUCACUGCACGAGAUGGUACAUGCGCCAAUCAUUUCUGAUGUGCUCUCCUUGUAUGAGAGAAAAGAGGUUAUUAAUGUCGAAGAGGUGGAAAAGAAAGAUGAUAAUUGUAUCGUUGAACUUACGGAUGACGACUCCGUUGGUUAUCAAGAGAAUCCUUCUUCAGUUAUUACUAUUGAUGACGAUUGACUUUCGUGAAUAUCAUACUUCUGACUAAGAAUGUUUCUUUAAAAUGAUUCAGACGUGAAAAUAUAAUUUUUCGUAGCAUACUCUAAAUAUGUAUGUAAUAUGUUGGUAUGAAGAAAAAAAUAGUACUUGUGCCAUAAAAACUAAUCUCUGUUUUGGAAUUAUUAACAGAACUUUGAUCAACUGAACAGAAAUUGCGACAUUUAAUCUACUUUUUAAUUAUAUGUAAUAAUUAAGUAAAAGAGAACCAAUAGUAUUGUAGGGUCUAAUCUUUACAAUAUUGUAUUUUUUACUGCAUUUAAAAAAACUUUGUUAGUUAUGCUUUUAAAUAUAAUGAUUUUCAUUUCAAGGAAAUUUAUAUGAAUAUAAAUUAGCGGUGUUGUAAUUUAAAAUUGUAUAUUUUUGAAUCCAUAUUGAUUGCACCUAAGGCAGGAAGGUUUGUGUUUCGUUUCAACCUUUCUUGGUAUAUAUAUAAAUAAUCAAAAUAGCUGCCAUUAUUAAAAGUAGCUAGCAACACCCGUCACGUAAGAAGUGGGCUGCUGAGCGACAGUGGAGGGGAUUCAUCUAUGGUUCUGCGACCCAAAAUAUGUCUUAGCCUAGGCUAAUGUUUUAUAAUAUAAGAGUAUUGUAUAAUCAUAAUUAGUUUCAGUCAAAGAAGACCUACUAGUUACCUACUUUAUUAGCUAUUUAGGAAGAGGUAGGAAUUAAAGUCAUUUACUUCCAUCUACAUAUAAAGUUGGUUAUAACAUUAUGAGCUAAAAUUGACAGACCCACCUAUUGAGUACAGGCAGUCCUCGUACUUCCGUCAUGUUAGGUUCUAAAACGCGACGUAAGUCGUGACAAUUUUUUUCGUAUGUUUACAUGUAAAACUUAAGGAUUAAGUUCCACACGGACUCGAAAUAAAAAAAAAACUGCAUUUAUAACAAAGGAUAUACAUAGUUUAUUAUCAGAAGUAAGUUCUUAAAAUAAUUAUAUGUAUAUGCACUUAUACAACUAGAAAUUUAGUUAUUUUUGGUAUUUGUGUGUUAUUUAAUUUAAUUAAUAAUUAUAAAUCUUUUAUAUGUAACCAAAAUAUGUAGUGAGGAAUAAUAAAUUAAACUUUUGUCUUAAAGAAACUAUAAAUUCUAGAUUGCUUCGCUUCUUUCUUGCUAUCAUACAGAUCUUGGUAACACUGAUAGGCUGCACAAAUUUUGUUAUUAACGUUGAAACUUCUCUCAAUACUAGGGUCAUUUUCUUCCAAAAUUUUCAUGGCAUUCUCCAAAUUUGCACAAGACAAGUGAAUUCUCCUAUGCCGGAAAUCGAAACAAAUGACGUAUGCUUGAGAAAUAGUGUCAAAACAUUGUUCGACGUACGUCGAGGACUGCCUGUAAUAUGGAUAUCUUCAAAACGGUGAAAAUAUUAUUCACUCUUUAAACCAUCACGUGCAAUGGAAAUUUUGACCCUCGAACAGACGAAACUUUUAGAGUGAACGAAGCGUAGCUCAAUUGACAAGCGUUUGUGCACUGUGAACUUUUAAUAAUGUGACGGAAACUUAGAUAAACUUUAUAGUAUAAAAUUAGUGCUGACAUUAUUUUUUAUUAACAUACAAUAAUUAUGACUAUAUGAGAACUAAAUUUAAUAUAAAUAAUUGAUCUGCGUGUAAUUUAAUUACAUAAAUUAAUUAAUAAGGUAAAAUUAAAUUGCACCUAGCCAAAGAUAUAAAAAUAGCUUGUAAUUAAACAAAAGCAAUUGGAUACAAUUCAGAUAAAGUGAAAAAAAAUAGGGUUUUUCAUGUUUCGGAAUAGAUGUUUGUAGUGCAUAAGAAACUUGGGUACGUGAUGAUUUAUUUCUGCUUUAAGAUAACAUAUUGUAAAAUUUAAGAGGGAAGAAAGAAAAUGCAUGCUUAUCACCAUACAUUGACUUGACAAUUGCCCGCGAUAGGCAAUUGCCGCGAUACGUAAUAUUGCAUUUGAGUGUGAAGUAAAAAUUCUGAACAAUAGGUUUAGAAGUAAUUGAAUGGCAAUAGACUAUAUUUAAAAAUUUGAUUAUCUACGUAGGAAUUCGCAACCAUUAUCAAUAAUUGUACGAGCCCCGAUGCAAAAUAGUUCGUCUAGUAUGGAAAGAAGAGUAAAUAUGGUAUAUAGUAUAUAAUUAAAAACGUUAAAUAAAAAGUAAACCACAUUUUAAAGUUUAUUUUUAUUUAAAGUUAAUUGAAUUUAAAUAACAUAAAAAAUAUUUUAAAAAACAACGCUAAAGUAUUCGUCUACCCUUGUCACUCACGUAAAAUAGUUCGUCUACCACUUAGUUGUGUCACCUUUGCUCUCAAUGACAGCUAAUAUGUGUAGAGGCAUUGCAACCAACGCUGCACACUGCUCAGGCUUAAAUCUUAAUUGACUCCCAGACCGCCAAGAGAUUAGCCUUUAAGUCGCUCUUCAAUCUUGAUGGAUUUUUACGGAGUACAUUUUUCAUUUUCCACCAUAGGGUUUCGAUCGGCGCCAAGUCCGGGCUGUUAGAUCGCCAUUCGAUUAUAGGGAUGCUUUUCGCCAGUAGCCACGUCUUUGUUAUCCUUGCAGUAUGGCAGGAGGCACCAUCCUGAUGAAAAAUGUUUAAGUGACGGAAUAGAAUUAGGGCAGGUAAUUCUCUUCGAAAAGGUUUUGAUACCUUGCAGCAUUGAUAGAACCAUCGACAAACUGCAUACCACCAACACCUUGUACAGACAUGUAGCCCCAUAUCAUAAGAGACGCCGGAAACUCUACUUUGCGUUUGAGACAUUCAGUAUGACAUGCCUCAUUUUUGUUCCGAAUCACUUUUUUCCUUACAUCGCCGACUGCCACUUCAAAUUUGGACUCGUCACUCAAAAUGAUACUACACCACUGAUCGGAAGUCCAAUUUAAAUGAUCACGAGUAAACUUCAACCUCUUUUUCUUUUGUACAGCAGUCAACAGUGGUUUCUUCUUAGCGGUAUAAAAUCCGUAACCCAUCUUUUUUCUAUCUUUUUAGGACUCUUUUGCAAGUAUCAACUGAGACGUCUUUGUGAAUCAUGUCCUUCCAUUUCCCCGUAAUUUCUUCAGCUCGAACACGACGAUUAUUUUUGAUAAUUUUCCUCAGGAUUCUGUUUUCUACUGCACUUGUGAUGCGUGGUCGACCAGUUUUCUUCAAACAAGAAGUCGUUCAAUAACUUUAACAAAUUUAAAUUAUGCAACAUAAUUGUUCAAAGAAGGAAUAAUCUUAUUUUACUCACCGGUAGACGAACUAUUUUGCUUAUAACUUCUUCAAAUUUAAAACAGGAUAUGUAUAAAUUUAAAAAGCUAAAAUAGUUUAUUGGUUCAUAAUUUUAAAAAAAAUUGCAUAAGUAACGCGACAUGUGAUAGUAGAACAGCUUAAUAUUUUAUAUAGAUAUACAAAAAUAAUGAAGUUAGAAACAAAUCUCAGAGAAAAUUUCACACUAGACGAACUAUUUUGCAUCGGGGCUCGUAAGUAAGUGCACUAGGAACAAUGUUGUUAAAACUCAUUUAUAUAUGACUAAAUACUGUCACUUUAUUAUUGUUAUUUUCUCUAUAUGAUGAACGGGCUCUCAAAUUCGUUGGUCACUAAACAAUAGAUUUAAGAGUUCCUAAAUAUAAGGUAUGUAUUGGUAGAAAAAAACGCUAAUCUUAGUGAUAGACAACUGUUUAUUAAAAUAUUUCAACAUUUUUGAUACACUUUAGUUAUGCACUAAAUAAUCUUAACAGGAUUACUGUAGAUAGUGACCAAGGGAUAUUGGUGCAUUUAAUUGAUAUGUAUUUUAGAAUGUCAAAUAAAGGCAAACUAUA